AUGGUGAUUGAGUGUCACCCUUCUACGGCGGUUCAAGCAUUUAUACUGGCCAUGACUCGUGGCACUCCAUUCCACACAAGUUUGGUAGUAAAUACGCCGAAGAUUAUGGAUGAACUUAAUGAAAGAGCUGAUGGAUUUGUGUGCUUGGAGGAAGAAGAAGUGGCUAACGCUCGAAAGACAUCCGUCAUAUCAACAGAGGAAAAAACCAAAGCAAAGAUCAGACAAAAGCAGGUUCAGCUACAGCGUCAGCCCUCGUGGAAAUCUGAGAAGAGACCCAGGGAGGAAGAGUUAGUUACUCCAUUGAAAGGUCCGGCGGUGGAACAGAACCGACCGAUGGAGCACGUGAAGAGGAGUCAGAAGUCGAACUCUCACAAUACGCAACCAGUUCGAAUAAUCAAUGCAAUUCACGGCCGGCCUAAACCUACUGAGGAGUCCGAUGAACUGCUUCGAGCAUGUCUUUGCCAGGCACGGAUGAAGAUGAGGAUAGGCAGUGUAAAUUCUCUGCACCAACAGAGUGCAUCAACACAGAUAAAGUUUGACAGAACAGAUUUAUUGCGUGUUCAGAUCCCUCAUGAGGACCCGUUGGUUGUUAGUUUGACGGUAGCUGAAUGUUUGGUACACAGAGUUCUAGUUGAUCCUGGAAGUAGUGCAAACGUCAUGCCGAGGGACACAUUUGAUCGACUCGAGAUCCAGCCGGACCGGCUCAAAUCCACUAAAAAUCAUUUGCUAGGGUUUGAUGGAAAACGAGUGGAGCCCAUCGGAACAGUGGAGGUAGCAAUACACGCUGCAAAGAGGGUUCUGAUGGAGACCUUUGUGGUUGUCGAGAUUCAUCCCUCUUACAACCUUCUGAUGGGCAGAGGGUGGAUCGACAGAGUUCAAGGUGUUCCUUCUACUCUGUAUCAAGUAAUGAGAUGCCUGGGGCCAGACGGAACCAAGGUGAUUGACAAUCAUGGGGACCAGGUUGCAGUUAAGGAAUGUUAUUCAAUAACGCUAAAGUAUGCUGGAAAAUGGAAAGCUCCCAUCUGUUCAGCAAGUCCGAGAUAG